CCUUUCAUAGCCCAAUACAUCCAGUAGCGUUUCCCAUAGCCCGGUGACUGGAAGGCUGUGUCUAUUCAGUCAAGGCUACCAUCCUAGGGCUGUUUAUCCGAAUAAUCCAGCCUAAAAAGCAGCACCAGAAUUGAGCAUUUUGAGGAUUGAUCCGUGUGACACAGAGUCCAUCUUGUAGUUUUUAAAACCCCUCAGAGUCCAGACUUGGUUAUACCUGAAGCAGUUCGGGGAUUUUUGUAUUUUGUUUUUUUUCUUUUAAAUACAUUUUUAAAAAGAGGCAUGCUGAAUUGGUUCCCUUUUGAUCGUACGGUAGAGAGCUUCCUCUUUUAUUUUCUGUUUUGGGUUGGGUGCUGGGUUAGGGACUGGAAGAGGAAUAGAGCUUUGCGAUCUGGCCCCCAACCUGUUCACUUAAAGGACCAAGGCUAGCCUGUUAUUCUCACAAAGGAAGGAAUGCAACAGCGUGCAUGGUCUGCUGCAAAUCAUCCUGGAGCCAGCUGCAGGACCUCUGCCGCCUGGAGAAGGUGUCCUGCACUUCCUUGGGCAUCUCCAGGAAGAACCUGUGUGACUUUGAGGUGGAAUACCUGUGUGACUACAAGAAGAUCCGGGAGCAGGAGUUCUACCUGGUGAAAUGGCGGGGCUACCCUGAUUCGGAGAGCACCUGGGAACCGCGCAAGAACCUCAAAUGUGUGCACAUCCUGAAGCAGUUUCAUAAGGACCUGGAGAGGGAGGUCGUGCGGCGGCACGGCAAGCUGAAGAACCUGCGGCAGCUGGACCAGGGCCUGGCCGGCUUCCUGGUGCAGAAGGCCAAGCAGCGGCGGGCCCUGCGGCGCUGGGAGCGGGAACUCAAUGCCAAGCGCAACCACCGGGGCCGCAUCACGGUGGAAAACGAGGUCGACCUGGACGGGCCGCCCCGAGACUUUGUGUACAUCAACGAGUACAAGGUGGGAGAGGGCAUCACCCUCAACGAGGUGGCCGUGGGCUGCGAGUGUAGCGACUGCCUGGCCGCCCCCGCCGAAGGCUGCUGCCCCGGGGCCUCGCUCAACAAGUUCGCCUACAACGACCAGGGCCAGGUGAAACUCAAGGCCGGCAUGCCCAUCUACGAGUGCAAUUCCCGCUGCCGCUGCGGCUACGAGUGCCCCAACCGGGUGGUGCAGAAGGGCAUCCGCUACAACCUCUGCAUCUUCCGCACAGCCAACGGGCGCGGCUGGGGAGUCCGGACCUUGGAGAAAAUCAGGAAAAACAGUUUCGUGAUGGAGUACGUGGGCGAGAUCAUCACAUCAGAGGAGGCGGAGCGGCGGGGUCAGAUCUACGACCGACAGGGGGCGACCUACCUUUUUGACCUGGACUAUGUGGAGGACGUGUAUACCGUGGACGCCGCCUACUAUGGCAACAUCUCUCACUUCGUCAACCACAGUUGCGACCCCAACCUCCAAGUGUACAACGUCUUCAUCGACAACCUGGACGAGCGGCUGCCUCGCAUCGCCUUCUUUGCUACGCGAACCAUCCGGGUAGGGGAGGAGCUCACCUUCGACUACAACAUGCAAGUGGACCCCGUGGAUGCCGAGAGCACCCGCAUGGACUCUAACUUUGGGCUGGCCGGUCUCACUGGCUCACCCAAGAAGCGGGUCCGGAUCGAAUGCAAAUGUGGCACCGAGUCUUGCCGGAAGUACCUUUUCUAGACCUGCGGAUGCUUAACGGCCCGAAGGGCAGAAAGGACCCCAGCUGCCCUCUGGACUAUACGGCUGGGGCUCUGACCCGCCAAUUAUUGAGAGGCUGGGAGCAGGGGUGGACUAGAGAUCAGCCAGCUCCCCAGAAUGCCCUCAAAGAAGAUGCACUGAGCAGAACCAGGAACUCUCGCAGAGACCUGGCUUAAUCAGGGAAAAGUUGAAGCUGGGCCCUGAUUGGAGGAGUGACUGGGGCAGCAGCCCUGCUUGGAGGCAUCUCUUGAGGCCAGCUGUGGAGUUGGGGGGGCUGGUGCGGGCUCUCCCCGGAUCACCACGGCAGUGUCCAGCUGCCCUCUCCACUCAGGUUUGUGCUGCCCCAGACCUUGCUGGGGAAGAAACCUCUGGCCUGGGAUUGCCAGCCCUGCCCCAGGUGGCACUUAAAAUGUAAUUUUUUUUUUCACAUUUUUAAUGCUUCUUCCUCUUUUGCCCACUCUGGCCCCCGCUUUUCAUUCCCCAAAGGGGCGUGAAAUUUCCCAGCUUUGAGAGAGCGGCGUCUAGUGGGACUGGGCCUACAACUGAGGCUGCUGGUUCAGGAAUAUCUCCUGCCUUCCGGAAGUGGAGGGUGGCCUUCAGACUCUGGCAAUUGUAGAGACAGAGUUGAGGGGUUUUAGAAAGGACACUUAAUUGGGGUUAGGGAUGUGUGCGCCAUCACCGUGCAGGUUGGCUCUACUCCUAGGCCUUCAGGCUUGAAUGGGGGUGGGCUAUCGUAAUGGGGGACUCCAGCAGCAAGGAUCUGCUCUUACGAUGGGACCACUGGCCCCUCACUGCGAUCCCUACAACACCCGUGAGCCUAGUCUACCCACCUUGUUUUUGAGGGUCUCUGUUCCAGACCGGCAGGGCUGGUGUUCCCGGACCUGGGGGUGCUUGGAAGCUUUUCCCCUGGGCUUUGGCAAGAUGUGGCUUAUGCAAAUGUAACUCAGCCAGGGUCCUCCUGACCAUGUCUGUUUAGAGAGCAGGGUGGGAGCAGGCCAAAGACUGAAGGGGGGGGCCCCCCCCCCAAGGCUCCCACAGUACCCUGGCAGUGAGGGUCCCUCGGCCCGAUUUGGGAAUAGAUGCCUUCUCUAUUAUGGGAUGGAAUUAAUAAUA